GUGAUCCGACGGUCUGAAAGCACUGAAGGUCAACGCAGCAGGCUGAUAGAGGUCAAAUCAGAACACUUGUUCCAAACGCCAACUCUUUUUCCGUUAGUCUCCUCCUCUCUUUCUUUCUCUCUGUCGUUCUAACGGGCAAAGUUUUUUCGAAUAAAGUUGUCGUCUUUGUUUAGCGUUCCCUUCUUCUUCUGCUCGUGUCUAUCCUCGAUGAAGAGCUCCGGUUCGAAUCCAUUGGCCUUUUCACCGGCUAAGGAAAGAAGCGAAAUGAAAAUUGAGAUUCUCUGUAUGGAGAAUAAGCAGCCUACACCUGCUUCUGCAUCUGAAGGCAGUGUCAAUAUCUUCCUUUAUUCACCUCAACUCAAAACACCUGCCCCAGCUCAUCGGAGGACUAGUGGCCCUAUGAGGCGAGCUAAAGGUGGUUGGACUCCUCAGGAGGAUGAGACACUGAGACAAGCUGUUGACAAGUAUAAGGGGAAGAGGUGGAAGAAAAUAGGUUUAAAACUUCUUUUCUUGAGUGACUCAACUGAAUUUUUCCCUGAAAGAACACAAGUCCAAUGCUUGCACCGGUGGCAGAAAGUUCUUAAUCCUGAGCUCAUCAAAGGAACUUGGACUCAAGAGGAGGAUGCCAUAAUCGUUGAGCUUGUAAAAAAGUAUGGACCUGCCAAAUGGUCUUUGAUCGCAAAGUCUUUACCAGGUCGUAUAGGGAAGCAAUGUAGAGAAAGAUGGCACAACCAUUUAAAUCCUGGUAUUAGAAAAGAUGCUUGGACCACAGAAGAAGAAACUGCUCUCAUAAACGCUCAGCAAAAACACGGAAACAAAUGGGCUGAGAUUGCUAAAGUCUUACCUGGAAGGACGGAUAACGCAAUUAAGAAUCACUGGAAUAGUUCGUUGAAGAAGAAAUUAGACUUCUAUUUUGCUACAUGCAACUUGCCACCAUCAGCAACCAAGCUGUCUAGUGCAACUAAGCCUUUAAAGGAUUCUGAUUCGGUUACCCAAUCUUCUUCAGUUAAUAUAGAUGCAAAUGAAGAUGGAGUAGACCAUGUAGACUCUUCUUCAGAUAUGCUUGAAGAGUCAGGUGUGAACGAGUAUGCUUGUUCUCCAGUUUCUGUUGAGUGCAAGCCUCAGUUGCCUAACCUGAGACCAAUGUCACCAAGAAUCAACUCAAACGCUUUUGUCCAAAAGAAAGAAGAAAAUGGGUUUGGAACUCCAAGGCAUGGUAACCUGUACUACAAGUCUCCACUAGACUCUUACUUUGCAUCAGAAGCGGAUCUGCGACGUAUGUAUGGAUAUGAAUGUGGUUGCAGUCCCAGUGCUGUAUCAUCAUCACCUGUUAGCUUAACGAUCACUCCACCGUGCAACAAGGACAGUGGUUUAGCUGCUGCAACAAGAAGUCCUGAAUCCUUCUUGAGAGAAGCUGCUAGAACUUUUCCAAACACACCUUCUAUCUUUAGGAAAAGGCGAAAGGUUGUCUUGGCAAAGAAAACAGAUGAUGUUGUUAAUAGUGCAGUCAAGGAAGCUGAUCAAAAUGAAAACAGUAAAGACAGUGCAGUGAUUUCUCCAGUUGGGAGAGAAGCUUUGUUGUUGCUAGAGACGGUUGAUGAUUCAAAUGAAGUACUUACUUUCAGUGUGUCUCCGCCAUAUCGUGUAAUAGCUAAAAGAAGAGCUGUGUUCAAAUCAAGACAGCUUGAGUUCACAUCUGCAAAAGAGAAUCAGCCGGAAACAUCUGAGGAAGACAAGAGUGUGUAGAAGUCCUUUUCUUAAUGCAGAAAUCUUCUUCAUCUUGUGCAUACACAGCUGGAUAUUAUAUAUAUCAACUUAGAAAACUGCGAGUGAAAAUUUCUUAAUCUU